AACACUCUUGAGAGAGUUAUCGUACGCGUGGCGGCCAGGGUCCCAGAGGCUGUGACGUGACGGGCCAUCACCACAACAACACUGCCAGGGAGCGGCGCCAUGGCCAGCUUCAACGAGGACAGUCUCAAGAAGAAGCUGGACGACCUCAACAUGUCCCAGCAGUCCAUACAGACGGUGUCCCUGUGGCUCAUCCACCACAAGAAGCACGCGCACACCGUGGUCAACGUGUGGUACCGCGAGCUGAUAUCAGCCACUGACUCAAGGAAGCUGACGUUCAUGUACCUCGCCAAUGACGUGAUCCAGAACAGCAAGAAGAAGGGUCCAGAAUACAACAAGGAGUUUGGCAAUAAGCUGGGCAAGGUUUUCGAGCACCUUGGGGGCCAGCGCCUCGAUGAAAAGUCUAUUCGUGGCAUGAAUCGCCUCUUGACUGUCUGGGAGGAGCGGAAUGUUUUUGACCAAGAGAAGGUGAAGCUCUUCCAGAAAAACCUAAACAAAGGGGGACCGGUGCUGAAAGUGAAAGACAGCAGCAGCAGGAAACGUGAGCGCAAGGAGCACAGCAGUAAGAAAAAGAAUGAGUCGUCCAAAAAGCCACGGCGGAGCUCUGAGUCGUCUGAAUCUUCACGACUUAGGAAAGAGAGCGAGGGGGCUGACACCACCUCCCCGUCCACACCACCUCCAAGUGAGCCUCCAGAGCCUGAGCAGCUGAUUGAGGCUCUGCAGGAGCUUGAGAAUGCAGCCACCUCUGAUGCUGUCGUACGGGAGAAGAUUGCAAGUCUCCCAGAUGAGGUGUCGGAUGUCUCCCACCUCAGCAAGCUUGAAGACCUCAAUGCAGCUCGAACCUUGAGUAAGAAGGUGGAGGAUGCAAUGGCCAUGCUUGAGUCCUACAACAAAAGGCUUGCUGAGGAGAUGGAGGCACGUAAAAUGGUGGCAAGGAUGCUGCAUGACUACAUCACUUUCCAGAAAGACCUCCUUGCCCAGGCUGAAGAAACCCUAGAGGAGCACCGGCAGAAGCAUACCAAGGUCAAAAAGGUUCGGGAUGAACUCAGGGCGCACCUACAGAACCUGCCAGACAUCUCAAAACUACCAAGUAUUCGCACUGGAGGCCUGGCCCCCCUGCCCUCUGCUGGCGACCUUUUCACGUGACUCACUCCUCACCAGCUGCUCUCCUUACCAGUGGCCCAGUAACAGUCUCAUGAUGCUGUGAAUAUUGUGAUAGUCAGUGCUGACAUUCAAAAUCGGUAUUCAUGCCACCUGAAAGACAGAAAGUCACACACACCUACAUCUUAGUGCUUACAGUGUGCAGAACCAUCGUAGCAGAGAAAGAAAGCCACAUUUGGAUCCAAUGUGAGUAAAAGUAAGAGGAGGAAAGAGCCAGUUAAGCAUAGUGAGUUACUAUGUUGACCAAGUCACUCAAGAUCCAGUGUGUGUGUGUGUGUAUGUUUUUUUAUUUAUUUUUUAUUUUUAUUCUUUUCUAAAAGUUGGUGACUAAUAUUUAAGGAUUUUUUUUUUCAAGCAUAUCAGUCGUGUUCAUGUUCCAUAGUAAAAAGUUCACAAUUGUUUGACAUUAUGGGUUACCUCAUAUCAACAUAAGUAUGAUCUUUUCUUUCAACAGUAUAGUUUCCUCAUCCUUAUUCAGCAAACAUCAGGGUGGCAUUGCACACAUUAUUGUCAUCACAGUGGUUGCUCAGUUAGGCGGAUAGCCUGUGGCAGCGCCCCUUGUCAACCAGUUCCACUAUGUAACCUAUUUAGUGCACUAGGAGAGCUAUACCUUUGUUG